AUGGAUAAGUCGUGGAUUUGGCUUCCAAGGAAUAGCCACGAGUAUUCAGAAGGAGCAACUAAUUUUGUGAAUUCGUCCGCAAAAAGAUUGGGAAGUCUGUCUGAAAUGCUAUGCCCUUGUAGAGACUGCCGCAAUCUGAGCCAUCAGUCACUGGAUAAAAUUGUGGAGCAUUUGGUGAUUAGGGGUAUGGAUAAGAAGUAUAAGAGUUCUCGUUGGAGUAUUCAUGGAGAAAAAAGAGAUUCUGCAGAAGACAGUGUUCUUCAAUAUGAAACAGAGGCGUUUGAUUUGUUUAAGACAAUAUUCUCCAUGGACGAAGGUGGUCCAAACCCGACAACUGACAACGAAGACGAUGAAGCACCAGAGGAAAUUGAGUUUAAGAAAAAGCUCAGAGACGCUCAAACGCCAUUAUACUCGGAUUGUCUCAAGCACACAAAGGUUUCAGCUAUCAUGGGACUUUACAGAUUCAAGGUUAAAAGUGGUGUGUCGGAGAACUACUUUGAUCAGCUGUUGGUUUUACUUGAGGAUUUGCUACCUGAAGACAAUGUUCUUCCCAAGAGUUUAGCUGCAAUCAAAAAAUUUCUGAAGAUCUUUGGGUUCGGCUACGACAGUAUUCAUGCUUGCAAGAAUGAUUGCAUAUUGUAUAGGAAGGAGUAUGAGAACCUAGAAAGCUGUCCAAGAUGCAAAGUUUCAAGAUGGGAAAUGGAUAAGCACAGUAAUGAGUUAAAGGUGGGGAUUCCGGCAAAGGUCCUUAGAUAUUUUCCAAUCAAGGACAGGUUUAGGAGGAUGUUUAGAUCACAAAGGAUGGCUGAAGAUCUGCGUUGGCACUAUACCAAUGCCACUGAAGAUGGUACAAUGCGGCACCCUGUUGAUUCUAUCUCUUGGGCACAAGUGAAUGCUAAAUGGCCAGACUUUGCUGCUGAUCCACGGAAUCUUCGACUUGGGAUUUCUACAGAUGGGAUGAACCCUUUCUCCAUGCAAAGCACCAAUCACAGCACAUGGCCAGUGUUGUUAGUGAACUAUAACACGCCUCCAACCAUGUGUAUGAAGGCUGAGAAUAUAAUGCUGACUUUGUUGAUCCCUGGUCCUACUGCUCCUGGUAACAACAUUGAUGUUUACCUAGCACCACUGAUAGACGAUCUAAAGGAUUUGUGGGCUGAGGGUAUUGAAGUGUAUGACUCAUUUGCGAAGGAGAACUUUAAUCUCAGAGCCUUGCUGCUUUGGAGUAUCAGUGACUAUCCAGCCUUAGGAACACUGUCUGGAUGUAAAGUAAAGGGGAAACAAGCCUGCAAUGUAUGUGGAAAGGAUACACCUGCAAGGUGGCUUAAGUUUAGCCGCAAGUUUGUCUACAUGAGUAACAGAAGGAGACUACCGCCUGGCCAUCGUUACAGAUAUAAAAAAGCUUGGUUUGACAACACUGUGGAGGAAGGGAAUGCUAAUAGGAUACAAACAGGCGCUGAGAUAUAUGAGACACUACAAGCUUUUACGAAUGAUUUUGGUAGACCUCUAGAGAAGGAAAAAAAAAGGAAAAGACUAGAGUUGGAAGAUGAUGAGAGGUUACAAGAAGAAGAGUGUGAAGAAUCAAAUGAACUAUGGCGGUGGAAGAAGAGAUCAAUAUUCUUUGAUCUACCUUACUGGAAGGAGUUGCCUGUUCGUCACAAUAUUGAUGUUAUGCACGUAGAAAAGAAUGUGUCCGAUGCUAUAUUGUCUCUGUUGAUGCAAAGUGCGAAGUCAAAAGAUGGGUUGAAAGCAAGAAAAGACUUAGAAGAUAUUGGAAUCAGAAAGCACUUGCACACAGAGGUGAGGGGAAAGAAAACAUACUUACCUCCUGCUGCCUACUGGUUAUCGAAGAGAGAGAAGACCAUUUUCUGCCAAAGGUUAGCUAAGUUUAGAGGCCCUGAUGGUUAUUGUGGUAAUAUUGCGAAUAGUGUUUCAGUUAACCCUCCAAAUAUUGGUAGUUUAAAGUCGCAUGAUCAUCAUGUCUUAGUACAGAACUUGUUACCAGCUGCAUUAAGAGGGUUGUUACAUAGGGGUCCUAGGAUAGCCAUAAAUAGAUUAUGCAGUUACUUCAACAGGUUGUGUCAGCGCAUCAUUGACCCAGAGAAACUUAUAUCCAUGGAGACAGAGUUUGUGGAGACAAUGUGUCAGCUGGAGCGCUUCUUCCCUCCAGCCCUUUUUGAUAUCAUGUUUCACCUUCCACUACAUUUAUCAAGAGAGGCACGGUUGGGAGGACCAGUUCACUUCCGAUGGAUGUAUCCCUUCGAAAGGUACAUGAAAACACUAAAGGCUUUUGUUAAGAAUUAUGCAAGGCCAGAAGCAUGUAUGGCUGAGGCGUAUUUAGCUGGAGAAUGUGUUGCAUUUUGUUUAGAGUUCCUUAAAGAAUCAGUACCAGUUCAAGAAGCAGUUAAUCGUAAUGAAGAUGUUGAGGCUGAUAGAAUGGUGGUUGAAGGCCGACCUCUGCAGAAGGGUAUAGAGGUUACCCUGUCAGAUAAAGAUAGAGACAUUGCACAUCGAUAUGUGCUAAUGAACAUGGCAUCUUUGGAUCCCUUUCUUGAGUAA